CAAAAGUCAUUGUAUAGCACGCACGGACUAAUUAGGUCCUGCUGCCACAAAUAGCACGAAUGCGAAAGACCCAGUAGAGUGUUAGAGGCACCCAAAAAGGAUUAGCAGCAAUUUCGUGAAUUUAUUUCAAGACUAAAAAAAGAGAAAACAAAGUAUAAAAAGUGUAAAUAGACAAAAAAUAUAGACCAGACUUAAAUCUCAUGGACUAGCGAAUUUGACUUGUCUGUUUCGUGAAAUCGAUUGUAAAGUGUUCAUUUGCUUUAAACGGAGGCGAAGUUUAGUCGUCGAUUUACUAUUGAAAGUGUCUUUGCAACAACAAAAUAUGAUUCAAAUUUUCAGAGCGAGUUUUUAUGCGUAUCUGCUGAAGUCUCUUCUAACAUUCAGUGUGGCAUUUGGCAAUAUAUCGCAUUUGGGAAACUUGCGCACCCAACAGGAGGACGUGAAAUUUUCUUCGGACGGCGAUUUUCAACAAUCAUCGGCUAAUUGUCGUAUCAGUUCAAAGGAGCUCUUGGCUGCUGCCGAAUCCACGGCUCGUUCAAUUCUUCAGGGAAUAUGUAAUCCACGAGAAAUUGAAGAUCGGCUACACAACAUAGAAUCUCAAAUGGCGGAUCAGCUUAAUGUUAUUAAAACGAUGAUUCUUAACAUCGAAGACAAAUUAGCACAACAGGAUAAUCAAUAUCGCCGAGCCAACCGGAAGCUCCAUGGUGUAGUUGCAGAAUUGAGCGAAUCUGUGCAGGCUUGCACUAAUCUACAGUUCUCAGCAAGCAACUCAAACCACGUCGAGUCCUCCCAUGCAACGCCAACAAAUCACGAGAAACAAGGGCCGGCAUCUUCAUCAUUAUACAGUUCACCUAUAAACAGAAAUACUGGUAAUGGGUUGUUCCUGAACGCUGGCGUGAAAAGCACGGGAGCUGAUCCUGAUGAAGAAGAUGUCAUGAACCCUAGGCAAGAUGAAAUUGAUCGAUUUAACAGCUCAAUUCAUAUUGAAAGUGGAAAACGAGUAUUCAGCUAUUUCUGGAAGGUCACUGACAUGGAAUACAAAUUAAAGAGCUGGGGACCUCGCCGCUCUCUUCGUUCACCUAGUUUCUACAUUUUUGAGUACGGCUAUAUGAUGUACAUGAGGUUGUUCCCCCGCCAAAACGGCCAAAAUGUUUACACUCAUGUUGGCCUAACUAAGGGAGAUUAUGACGAGGCCUUAGAGUGGCCAUUUAUUUUGAAACAUCGAGUCUCUAUUCUUGACCAAGCAUCUCCUCCUUUUCAAGACAUUGUUUCAAGAGUAUGGGAUCCAAAGAUUUUGUGUUCCGGAUGGAACUGGAAACGACCAGUAACUGGAGAUAACCACGAAUGUGUCGGAUUGGGAUUUCCCACUGAAGAUCUACGUGGCCAAAGCUUUCUUCGGGAAGAUUCUGUGCUCAUCAAAUUAACUGUAUUUCUCGAUUGAUUUCGAAAGAGAUAAUACUACCACUAAUCACGCUCUAUGUUGUAGUCGGAGUUCUUCAACCUUGAAUAUUAUAACAAUUUCUGCUAUUCUUAAUGUCUUCAUGUCAAAUACAUGUAUUUAAAUAUCCAAAUUAAAAGAAAAUCAAACAGAAGUAUAAGAAAAUGACUUUAACUUUGUAUAUCUUUCACAACGAUGCUGCUUUUAGUCUUCGGAUCUGCU